CACUGGCCUCACAACCGCGGGGCGGCACGCGGGUAGGUAGGCUAGAGCUCAGAGGAGGGGGAGCAGAGCGUGCUGCUGUCUUUUUUUCCCCCCCCUUCCCGGCGCAGUGCGUGAGCCUGCGGGUCGCUGGAGGUGCGGAGCGCGGAGCCUGGCUCGGCCUCCCUGGCGCGCGUGUGACUGCGGCGGGCGCCCUCCUCUUGAUCCUCCACGAGUUGGAGGAGUGAACCGGGCGUGCUCCCGGGUUGCCGGGAAGUGAGCUUGUGCUCGCCUUUUCCUUUUUGACGGUCGCCCCUCACGCACACACUCCAGUCCCUUGAGAGUUGGUCUUCGCGCCUCGGCGCGCCCCUCUUCACGUGGCCCCUCCCACAGACCCCCGUCCCCAUUCGCCCCUGGUCCGGAGUUGGCUUCAUCCCUGGGGUCCCUGCUUGGGGGCGGAGAAGAUGGCUGGCGGACGUCUGCUGUUGGGGGGCGACUUCCUGUCGCCACCGCCGCUGCCCCCCCUCCCGCCGCCGCCACUGCCGCCCCUCCCGCCGCCCCCGCCCGAGCCAGUGCUGGAGCAGUGGCGCUAUAGCCACGAAAGUGACUGGCAGUGGGCUCUGCGGCGCAGCUUCAUCUGUCGGCACCUGCACAGCUAUCCCGGGGCUGCCCUAGACCAGCUCCUCGCUCUCUCCGCUGCCUGGACCAACCACGUUUUCCUGGGCUGCAGGUACAGCCCACGCUUGAUGGAAAAAAUUCUCCAAAUGGCUGAAGGUAUUGACAUCGGGGAGAUGCCUUCAUAUGAUCUGAUGCUGUCCAAACCUUCCAAGGGUCAAAAACGUCACCUCUCAACAUGUGAUGGUCAGAAUCCUCCUAAAAAGCAAGCCGGUUCCAAAUUCCAUGUGAGACCUCGUUUUGAGCCUGUACAUUUUGUAGCUAGUAGUUCAAAAGAUGAAAGACAGGAAGAUCCUUAUGGCCCUCAAACAAAAGAGGUAAAUGAACAAACGCAUUUUGCCAGCAUGCCGAGAGACAUCUACCAAGAUUAUACUCAAGACUCUUUCAGUAUACAAGAUGGGAAUUCUCAGUAUUGUGAUUCAUCAGGAUUUAUUUUCACAAAAGACCAGCCUGUAACAGCCAACAUGUAUUUUGACAGUGGGAACCCUGCCCCCAGCAGCACAGCACAGCAGGCAAAUUCUCAGUCAGCCUCUGAGCCUUCACCAUCACAGACAUUUCCUGAGUCAGUGGUAGCCGAGAAGCAGUAUUUUAUUGAAAAAUUAACAGCGACUAUCUGGAAGAACCUUUCUAAUCCAGAGAUGACUUCUGGAUCUGAUAAAAUUAAUUACACAUACAUGUUAACUCGUUGUAUUCAGGCAUGUAAGACAAACCCUGAAUAUAUAUAUGCUCCUUUAAAAGAAAUCCCUCCUGCUGACAUCCCCAAAAACAAAAAACUUUUAACAGAUGGUUAUGCUUGUGAAGUUAGAUGCCAAAAUAUCUACUUAACUACAGGUUAUGCCGGCAGCAAGAAUGGGUCCAGGGAUCGAGCUACUGAGCUAGCUGUAAAACUCUUGCAGAAGCGUAUCGAAGUGAGGGUUGUCCGACGGAAAUUCAAGCACACGAUUGGAGAGGACCUUGUGGUGUGUCAGGUUGGCAUGGCUUCAUAUGAAUUUCCUCCAGCUCUGAAACCCCCAGAAGAGCUGGUAGUGCUGGCUAAAGAUGCUUCUGGGCAACCAAUUUUUAAUGCUUCUGCCAAACACUGGACCAAUUUUAUCCUUACAGAAAACGCAAACGAUGCAAUUGGUAUCCUUAACAAUUCUGCCUCAUACAACAAAAUGUCUGUUGAAUACAAAUAUGAGAUGAUGCCAAAUCGUACAUGGCGUUGUCGAGUGUUUUUGCAAGAUCACUGCUUAGCUGAAGGUUACGGAACCAAAAAAACAAGUAAACAUGCAGCUGCUGAUGAGGCUUUGAAAAUCCUUCAAAAAACACAACCCACUUACCCAUCUGUCAAAAGUUCACAAUGCCAAACAGGCUCUUCACCCAGGGGCUCUGGAAAGAAGAAGGAUAUAAAGGAUCUCGUAGUUUAUGAGAAUUCUUCGAAUCCUGUGUGCACGCUGAACGACACAGCUCAGUUUAACCGAAUGACGGUUGAAUACGUCUAUGAAAGAAUGACAGGCCUCCGAUGGAAAUGCAAGGUGAUUCUAGAGAGUGAAGUCAUUGCCGAAGCAGUUGGAGUGAAGAAAACCGUCAAAUAUGAAGCUGCUGGGGAAGCUGUGAAAACCCUCAAAAAGACCCAGCCGACUGUCAUUAACAACUUGAAGAAAGGAGCUGUUGAAGAUGUGAUUUCAAGAAAUGAAAUUCAGGGCCGCUCAGCAGAGGAGGCUUACAAACAACAAAUCAAGGAAGAUAACAUUGGCAAUCAGCUGCUGAGGAAGAUGGGUUGGACGGGUGGUGGUUUAGGUAAAUCCGGCGAGGGCAUUCGGGAGCCCAUCUCCGUCAAAGAGCAGCAUAAGCGGGAAGGGCUUGGUCUUGAUGUAGAGAGGGUAAAUAAAAUUGCCAAGAGAGAUAUUGAACAGAUCAUCCGAAACUAUGCCCGCUCCGAGAGCCACACGGAUUUAACUUUCUCUACAGAGCUGACUAACGACGAGCGGAAGCAAAUACAUCAGAUUGCCCAGAAGUACGGUCUGAAGAGUAAGUCUCACGGGGUGGGCCACGAUAGGUACCUGGUGGUAGGUAGAAAAAGACGGAAGGAAGACUUGCUAGAUCAGCUCAAACAGGAAGGCCAAGUAGGGCACUACGAGCUUGUGAUGCCACAAGCAAAUUAAGAUCUUACUAAUUUAUUUUGUAACUGCCUAAGGAGGCAGAUUUGUGAAUUAAAGAAAUGCUACAUGUUCUGGUUGCAGAGUAUAUUCAUUCUUACGAUGUUUCACCUCGUUCAUUUCAUACAGUGCUUUAUUAGAUGUUGGAACUUGAAGAAUUCUGUCCACUUGUAUUAGCUUAAUCCAGCAGAUGAUAUUGUGCGGUUACUGUUUGUGUCUUUGAUGUUGCUGUGUCCCUCAGAUUUUAGUAGUUUAUACAGAGCAAGAACACACAUCCAAAUGGAAUUUCACCCCGAGAAAUUCCCAUUUUAAAGGGCAUAGCACAGCACUCUGCAACAAUAUGUAAAGUUGAAAUUGAUUAUAAUAAAACUAGUCUCAAUUCCAGUCUGAACUGAAAAUGUCAGAUCAUUUUGUAUUAUCUCUUUUCAUCUUUAUGUGAAGCCAGUUAUAGAAUGUUUAACAGUAAAUUGUGCUGUACAUGUAAAUGUCCUUACCAACUAAAUGAUGUAAAACUUUCUUAAAGUAAUUUUAGUGUUCAUUUAUUUAUAACUUCUACCACGUGAUUUCCAGAAUAUUGGAAGUAAUUUACUGUAUCUUGUGAUAUAUGAGUUUUAACAAAUUCUAGUCUUCACGCUGAGGGAGCACUACUUGAGAGAGCAAUCGAAAAGUUUCUAAAACUUUGAUUCAGUCUGAAGAAGGGAAGCUGGAACUGUCUGUUCUUGGUGCCUUGCAGAGAGACUCACAGCAACUCUCCAUUAUAGCUUUUACGCGGUGCGGAUGUACAGCACAUCCAAGGCGGCCACAGCUGUGGUAGAGCUUGGUAAGACGGAAGGUACACUGGUGCUUUGAUGAAAACGGUCAGUUGGCUGGUCCCUCUCUCAAAAAGCUUAUUGAGCCCCCAAAGCCAACUUUGUAACAUAUUUAAAACUGCUAUUUUCGCUUAUUUCUGGAAUGUAAAAAAAUGUAUAAAAAGAAUUAGUGUAUGCUUCCUGAAUAAAACGGAGCCAAAGUUGA